CACAAACUAAACCAGAGGAAAUACAGCACACGGAUAGAUCUCUCUCUAUUUAUUUUUUUUGUCAUUAAUUCAAACCCCAUAUUUUGUGUUCUGCACCACCCACUUUUAAUGCAGUUUACCCACCAGUUCAUCUUUUUAAAAUAUUUUUUUUUUCUGUCUGCACACCCAGAAUUAAAAAAAGGAAAUAUCUAUGAGAAGAAAGAAAGAAAGGAAAAAAAUAUAUAUCUAUAAGUCAUUGAACACGAAUCUUUGCUUUUGAGCCCCUUGAACUGGAAAGACAUUUAAUAAGAAGUUUAUAGAAAUGAUUCUUCAUGUUUUAGAAUAUCUCCUUUUAAGGAACACAGACCUGUGGCUCAAUAAAAAGGUGAACAUCUUCGGUAAAAAAAAUGUGUAUGAAUUUCUUACUCACUUGAAGAUGUGAACAAAACUCACUGGAUGUUGUACUACUGUCAGACUCUGGAUAUCAAUGGGCACACUUUGCAAUACGUAGCCACAUAGAUUUUUCUCCAGUUUUCUUAGGGACAUCGUCCUAUAUGGGCGCCAUAGCCAACAAAUUAGGGAUUGUCAGCCAUAAUGGAGGACCAGCAGCUGUACAAGGCUAAUCUGUCAGCCAACAGCAGUGAUAAUGUGUUUUACCAGCACAUACAGUGUCAAGCAAAUAACCAGGCUCUUAACCAUAGUUAUGACUCUGUGGACUUGAAUGAGUCCAUGUCACCCUCCCCUCAUUUGUCUUUAGAUACUAGAGAUGCUACAUUACCUACAAGAGCUAAAAACCUCGGCCCAGUGGAUUCUGCUGGGCAGACUAACUGGUCACAGUCAGGCUCAGGAAACCACAUUGAAGGAAGAAGCCAUUUAAAUAGCUACGAUCAAAACUUACAAUGGAGUUCCCAGGCACAAAACGAAACGGCUGAUGCAUACCAGGCAACAUAUUAUUGUCAGAUGGGUGACAAUCGGCCCAAAGUGACCAGUGGUGCCUUGCACAAGUUGGACUCUUUUACACAGGUAUUUGCUAGGCAUAAUUUAAGAAUCCAAUCUUCAUCUCAGGGCAUCCAUGAGCAACCGUCACUAAUGGACAGUGAUAGUGCACUUCGACAGUUGCUGUCAUUCAAGUCAACAUCUGAGCAGCAGACCCAUCCUAAUACCAUAGAUAGGUACCAACAAGCUCCCCAGCAAAUGCAGAGCAGCUUAGCAAAUCAACAGCAGAAGCAUCUCCUACAAACUAUGCAACAUUCUCAGCAGAACUUUUAUUAUGAUUAUCCGCAACACGUAAACGAAAUGCAGCAAGAGCAGCAGUUUGUUCAACAAAUGCAGACUCAGCAGGUUUUGACGCAGCAGUCUCAGCAAAUGCAUCAGCCGCAGUACUACAUGCAGUCUCUACAUUCUGGGCAGCAGCACGUCCCUCUUCAUGAAAUGCAUCAGUCGCAGCAACAGCGCCAGUUUUCUGGUCAGCUGCCCCAGUACUACCAGACACAGGCUGCAGCGGCAGAGAUUCCUCACUCUAUGCAGCAAACGCAGCACCAUAACAUGCAGUUGCAAUCUCAGACCUAUCACAGGGAUCGCAGUCAAAAGGCUGAUCAUUAUGCACAGGAUCAGUCUCACCCCAUGCAGCUGAUUCAGUUGGGUGCUGUGCCUCAUUAUGUAUACCAAAACUCUCAGCCGUUUAGCAACUUAAACAAACAAAGCAUGAUUCAACAGCAACUGCAGGAAGAUGCCAGCCCGCAAAAGACUUACCAUAGUGAGGGCCAAAGCCAUGCCAUCAUGGACACCACGGUGGGACUUACCAAUGCAGAUAUGUUGGAUAAUUAUAACAGGGAGGAUAUGAGCGCUAUGCAAAAUCCCGUUACUCAGCAUCCUGUCCUCAUCCAUGAUGCCUCCUACCUUGCAAAUCAUCCAUCUUCAAAUACAGCUUGGCCUCAGCAAAUGCCAGAUGACCAUCCACUGACCAUGUCUCCAGAGCAUAGUAGAGGACUAUACCCCGAAAAACCCGAUUCCAAGACCAGGCUCCCGUGCUUAAUCUGUUUAAAAGAAUUCAGAACUUUACCUGCCCUUAAUGGACACUUGAAAUCUCAUGGUGGUGUAAGAUCCUCUCCAAUCCUAAAACAAGAUGAAGGAGAGAAGGAGGAGAUUAGUGAGGUGGAUAGCCUCACUCCAAUCGUCAUGCCUGUGUCUGUGCCCGUAAAGCUUGCACCGUCCGAGCCUAACUGCAGCACGGAUAUGGACCAGCCCGAGAGCUGUGUCUCCGAUGAGGAAAUGCCAAUCCUAACCAGGAUGACUUACUCACCGCCAUCCCACCCCAAGGCGGUCAGCUCAUGUGCAUCUUCUGACAUCAUCAGAAAACUUCAGCAGGCUGGGACAAAAUCAAACCAUCCAGGGGAAAUCCUCAAAACCCAAUCAGAAAAAAGAAAAUAUCAGCACAGGCCAGAGCCACUCUUCAUACCCCCUCCUUCCUUUAAUAUAAAUGCUUCAUACUCAGGCGCUACACUGUACCAAAGUCAGCUACGCUCUCCCCGUGUCAUCGGGGACCACUCAAUACUCGGAAUGCAGGAGCUGCCCCUGUAUACUCCACCUCCUAUGCUGAGUCCUGCUCGGCAAGGAUCCGGUUUGUUCAACAGUGUCAUCACAGCGUCUCACAAUGGUCAUCUUCCUCUCACCCCUCUGACACCCACCCCCAGGGUACUGCUCUGCCAAUCUAACAGUUUUAAAGAAGGCAGCACUCCCAUAACACCAGGACCUGGAGAGAAGACUAUAGAUGUUGAACCGAGGAUUAAUAUAGGCCCAAGGUUCCAGGCCGAAAUUCCAAAAAUCAAAGGACUGUCGAGUUUAGAAAAGGAACAGCACAAAGCAACUUUAGUUUGGAAACCAUGGGCCGAUCUAGAAACCAGGGAAUCACAACAGAAAGUGGACGUUUUUCUGAGUAUGUCUUGUUCCAGCGUGAUGCCCGGAGGUGGAACAAAUCUGGAAUAUGCCCUUCACACCCUCUUUCAAGCAAAUGGUAACAUCUUGACUGCUUUGGAGAUGCUACUUCUGGAAAAAUCUCCAGAACUGAAAUCCCAUUCACUGACAAAUUACCACUAUGCAGGCUCAGAUAAGUGGACCUCAGCUGAAAAGAAGAAUUUUAAUAAGGCUUUAAACACCUGCAGCAAAGAUUUCUUCCAUGUCCAAAAGAUGAUUAAGUCAAAGACUGUGUCACAAUGUGUUGAGUAUUACUACACGUGGAAAAAGAUCAUACGCAUGGGACGAAGGCAAAGAACCAGACUUCCUGAAGUUAAUGAAGAAGACACGACGAGCGUUGAUGACAUAGAGGAGGAUGAAGAUCUGGAAGAAAGAAAAUGUGAAGAAGAUGUUGAACAAGUGCUAAAAUCUCCAGAACCGCUGCAGACAGCAGAUCUGAAUCAACCGGUGGUUCAGAAUCUCGGCCCACCUAUUGGAUCGUUCAUCUGUGAAAUGGGCAACUGUGGAGCUGUAUUUUGCUCCAGACAAGCUUUGAAUGGCCAUGCGCGUGUUCAUGGAGGAACAAAUGUACCAGCCAGAAUAUUAACAGUCACACCUACAUCCAGGCAGAAAUCAAGCACUCCAAGUGGGCACUGUUCCAUGAAAAGCUCUCCGGCACAUAGCACCACCAGUGGCGAAACAGAUGCAGCUACAAUUUUCCCUUGCAAAGUGUGUGGCAAGGUGUUUUUGAAGAUCAAAAGUCGGAACGCUCACAUGAAAACGCACAGGCAGCAGGAGGAACAGCAGAGGCAGAAAGCACAGAAAGCUGCCGUGGCAGCGGAGAUGGCCGAUGCCAUCGCUAGGAACAUAGAUAGGAACAUGCCUGCCGAACACAGCUUGCUUCCUUUCGACCACCUCAGCUUGAUUAAAACCAUAGAGCAAGACUUUGAUGAUGAUGAUGUUGCCCAGGAUCUAGAAGAUGUCCUGGAGGAGACAGAAGUCAUGCACUCGGAUCUCCUUUUGGAUGACGAGGAUGUAGAUUUACUCCAGGAUGGUGCAGAUCUGUAGGGAAAAUGUCUAAAGACUUUUGGUUACCCAUUGGCAGAUGAAGGGAGAAAUUGCAUGAAGUCUAAAGAAUGCUGUACAAGUUCUAUCGGUUGCAUGACUGUGACACUAUUGACAGGCACAACCUUCUUAGGAUCAAAACAGACCAAUACAAAUAGUAUCUUUAAGGGAUUAUGCCCAUACUUGAUGUGAUAGAAAUGGUACUGGUGUCCAAAGUUGCCUUACUGCCAACCACUUGCUUCAACAGGGUACUGUGACAUGGUGUGUUUCAUAGAGUAGCACUGCUUAGUUAAUUUGGCCUUACUUAAAGGUCAUUUCACUUUUUUCUUUUUUUUUUUUUUAUGGAUCCUUAACAGAAUUAUAGGUUCAGCUUGUUUGGAUCAACACAUUAAAUGCCAAUUUCUACCUCUCUGUCAUUUAUAAGGGCAAGUCUAUGUGCUCUAAAGUUGAGUAUUUUCAUAGCUGGAUGUGAAAAGAGAAAAACAAACAAAGAAAAAAAAUCAGAUAUCUCACUUUAGUCUCAUAGUUUUAUCAGUGACUGUUAGUUUCCAGUUUGCAUUUCCUAACUUGAUUUCUUGCUGCCCUGAAGGUAACAUCUCUUUGGGCUGGCAACAUGGUAUCCUAGGUGCCUCUGAGAUUUAGAAACAAGUCUUCCCUGGAUUCAUAGGACCGAGGUAACUGGUAAUUGAGAGGUUAGGUUAGCAUGCCUUUUACAAGACAAGACUUGAAAUCAAAAAUGUAAGAAAAGAUUUGGAA